AUAGAGGCCCUCGUCCAGCGACAGACACAAGUCCAAGUCCAAGCCCAAGUCCACAUCCAAUCCAAGUCCACAAGAAGAUCGCAUAUACCAUCAUUAUGGCAAUUAAGUUUGUAGCCCUUUUGGCCGUCGGACUGGCAAUCUUUGCCGCGUGCGAAGCCCGCCAUGUGAGUGGACAUCAUCGCAGGCAGCAUUUUGAGCAGCGGGCCCUCAUUGCGAAGCCACACAGUGGUCCCCAGGGACGAGUCUUCCCGGGCGCCGUGGCCAUCAAGAAGCUGGUCCUGCUGAAGUUCAAGAAGAUCGUGCCCAUCUCGCUCAUCCUGCUCAAGUCCAGCAACGAGAACGAGGCCGAGCUGGUGCCCGUCUAUCCCACCGAUCAGAUACCCGAGAACGUCCAGUUCAUUCCGACGCCCAAUGGAAUCUCCGGCCACAAGGAUGUCCAGGCCAUCGCCAUUCCCGCCGAACUGCACGACCAGCUGCAGAUCAACGGCCUGUCCAACCUGGAGAACAUCGAGGCUCUGCUCCAGAGCAGCUCCAUUUCGGCUGCCGACAAUGAGGGCGAGGCCCCCGUGGGCAACAGCAUUGCCGUGGCCCAGCCCGAGGAUGUGGUGCUGGAGCAGGCAGAGAACGAUGAGGAUCAGCUGUUAGACGGAGCCGAUUCAGUUGCCGCCCCUGUGGCCGCCGCUCCCGCCGCCCUGCGCCGCCUCUCCGCCGACGAGCUGCUCCGCUCCGGCGUGCGCAACUCUGUCCAGCAGCAGCAGACCAGCGUGGAGGAGAUCCCCCUGCUUCUGUACUCCGCCAACGAGGGCGUCUCCUCCGCUGGCCACUCCGCCGGAAUCUCGGGCCGCCGCUUUGUGGCCGCCGCUCCGGCUCAGCGCCGUCGCCAGCAGUUCUACAACUAGGAUCUAUUCAUGUAAACCCGCAACCUAUGCAACUUCCACAUUCCUCCUCUCGAUGGCUGUCACACGGGCUUCACUGUACUAGGUGUACUUACACACUACCACUGGCUAUUCUACCUUUUUUUUUUUAGACUGAACUGAAUAUAAAUUAACGUUAUGAGCGAAAUGAC